UCCUCAAGACGAAUAUUCAUCAUGAAGGUUGUGCUGGUUCUCGCCCUGGCGGCCUGUGCUGCUGCCAUGCCCAGUCGUCACCCUGGCCUCGUCUACUCCUACGGCCAUCCACUCGUCAACUCCUACUACCCCGUCGUCAAUUCUGCAAAGGCACAUACCCCCGCCAGCACCGUCUCCCUCGUCUACAAUUACGGUCACAAUCUCCCCCAAACCUACAACUACCCCCAUACUUUCCCCAAUACCUUCCCCUACACCUUCCCUUACACUUACCCCUUCGUGGUCAAGGAACCUAUGACUGAGGAGGAAGCUGCAGGCAUGGAAGUGCUUAUGGCUGAGGAGGAACUUAUGGAUGUGGAAGAAGUUGCAUCCGAGGAGGAGCCUAUGGCUGAGGAAGAACCUAUGACUGAGGAAAAAACUGUAGCAGAGAAGGAACCUAUGUCUGAGAAGAAAGUAGCUGGCAUGGAGGAACUUAUAGCUGAGGAGAAAGUAGCAGGCAUGGAGGAACUUAUGGCUGAGGAGAAAGUAGCUGGCAUGGAGGAACUUAUGGCUGAGGAGAAAGUAGCAGGCAUGGAGGAACUUAUGGCUGAGGAGAAAGUAGCUGGCAUGGAGGAACUUAUGGCUGAGGAGAAAGUAGCUGGCAUGGAGGAACUUAUGGCUGAGGAGAAAGUAGCUGGCAUGGAGGAACUUAUGGCUGAGGAGAAAGUAGCAGGCAUGGAGGAACUUAUGGCUGAGGAGAAAGUAGCUGGCAUGGAGGAACUUAUGGCUGAGGAGAAAGUAGCUGGCAUGGAGGACAUAUGCUGA